CACCUUAGGCAAAUCCCACAUCGAGAAAGCACUGGAGAGAUCCAUGGUUCAUAAGUAAGAAACCGACCUUAACUGACAAGACGCGUUUUGGGGUGAAACGGAAGAGUUCUUGUGAGAACUUUGAAGUUAAACGUGCUCAGUGUGGAGGACAACAAGGAUGGUUGACCUUAUGAGAAGUCACCAUGAAUUGCACCCGAAGUCGAAAUCCGUGCGGAUGUAGAGACCCAAAGCAGACAAUAUCUUGUCGGGAAAAGGUUCGGGAUGUUACAGAAAAUGCUAUUAAAACUGAUUCGGGUCCAAUUGUACACAUUUUACCCCUCAUUUCUUGUUUGUUUUGCUUAGUAGAUCAUCGUCCCUUAACCUAUUUUAUGCUAGGUUGUGCUUUUUUGUUACAUUUUAUGUCCAAGCACGUGUGGGAAGGUCGAGGACGAGUUUCGGGUCGAUCGGAUGUCGAAAAGCGAAAAAAAGUGAAAAAAAUGUCCAUAGUGACAUUGACAAUUGCCCCGGACCGUGAAGUGCAGAGGAUCCAGACUGUUUCGCAUCUCACUAGAGCCCAUGACUGUGAACUUCAGCUCCAGACCGUGAAGUGUUGUAGUGAGACGGCGCGUUUCUGGCCGAGAUCACGGUCUAGGCUUUGAGUUCAGGACCGUGAACUCAAACCGUGAACAACCUUCGAUCUGGGUAUAAAAGGGAGCAAUAGAAGGAAGAAAAGGGGGGAGUUGGUUUUCGGAGAGGAAUUAGUUUCAUUCUCUAGGGUUUCGACCAAAAACACCAAAGGGGAGUUUUAGAGAGAGAGCGAGAGAGAGUGUGAGUGAGUUCUUGAGUGAUCUUGGAGCUUAAUUGAAGGCAUUGAUCAAGUUUGAAAGCAAGGAAUCAAGCUUAGAAGAAGAAGAUCUUGUGCUUUGUUUGUAAUCUCUCUCUCCUCUCUCUCUAGAAACCCACUCUCUUCUCUUGGGUUUAAGAACCCUAGGUCUAGGUUUCGGUUUGUUGUUGAUGUAUGUGACAACUUCGAUGUUUGAUUGAUGAUUUUACUUAAUUGAUGGAUGUUUUCAUGAGUUGCAUGAGUUGGGUUUCCAUUUUUAUGUUUUGAGCUUUUGACCUAGGAGGGAGAAAAUCCCCUUAGAGCCCAUUAUUGGCAUCUUUGGGUCACUCCUCAUCCUAUAUAGUACAAGCAAUCCCCGAGGGAAUCCAUUCCACUAAUCUCCUACGAUAUAGGGUUGCCCUAGGCUGAAUAGAGCAUAACCUCAUUCAUUGAUUCAGCGUUCCAGGUCAUUCACUGACAAUUGUCGAAAGCAUAUUGAUAUUAUGUUCAUAAUGUAAUUAUUUCAUGAUAUGUUUAAGACAUAUAAUGUUUAUUUUAGGGUCAACGAACUCUGGAAUGGUUAUAAGGCCAUUACCACCUUUUGUUAGAAUUUUGAUAUAUUUUAGGUGGAGAAACAAGAAGCGAUUGAUGCACAAGCAAAAUACCACAAGUAGUCCUAUCAAUGGCCAAUCCAAAACCAAAUCGGAUUGAACCAGCUUCCUUUGCAGCCAUAAAAUUUAAUAAUGGGUUUGCGGCCCAUUCGUUGGAGUGAACGGCAGCUACGCUAGAAAGAGAGAUCAAGGCCACGAAGAAGUUCUUUUGGACAGGUUGGACUGGGACCAAAAAUUCUUGAAGAGGGAUUUAUUUUGGAUCGGAAAGAAAAGGCCACAGAGAGCAAGCUCGGGGGAGAACUGGGAUAUGGAACUGGGGAUGGAAUUAAUUGGCCGCAAGUCACAUGGACCAGGGGUGCAUUUUUGGGAUUGAAUAUGGACCAACUUCUUUGUCCUUUUCUGAGAAGGAAAAGCUAGUGGAACGCAUCGUUUGGGGAAGGAAUUAUUUAGAGGCAACUGGGGAUUACUGGAGGAGGAGACUGGGAGAGGAUUCUUCGGAGGCGAAUUGGAAUUGGCACAGCAACUUGCGAGUGACUGUCGACUGGACGGCAGAGAGCAGUAGCGCGGAGCAAAAGGCGACUCGCGAGCAGAGGAGGAGCGACGAUCGGCGAUUGAAGCGAGAAGGAAUUGGCAGAGAUUACAUCUGACAAUCUUAAUAUUUUUAUUUUUAGCUUUAAUUAAUACAAUGAUGAUUAUAAACAUGAUUAUAUCUUUUGAUUUCGUUAUGAACUAAAGGAUGUAGCUAUUUAUAUAUUUGAUGGAUUGAUUCAUAUCUCUUUUCUUCCAAUCUCUAUUGCAUGGAAUUGCUUAAUUCUUUGUGUUGACUGGCCACCAAUACAACAAUUUGUAGUUAAUUAGGUUAUUAGCGACAAUGAAACCCUAAUGACUCAACCUAUUUCAUGUGACAUAGUAACUUAUCGAAGCGACAGUGGAUUAAAUAAGGUGCUAUGUGGUCUUGAUUGGGAUAUCGGUCUUCAGGCUAAACAGUUAAUUCAUUGAGCUGCGAAGGUAGGAUUUGAUUUAAUUAUUUAGUACGUAUUAAUUCUCGACAGGGAUAGCUAGCCCAAUAGAGAUAUCCUAGCUGUAGAGAAUUGGAUUAAACUGAAUGAUAGGUA